GCGUGCGCGCGUGAGCAGCACUUUGCGGAACAGUCAGGAGUGAUAAAAGUAACAAGUGCGGGGAGCGAAAAGUCACUGAAGAGGUUAAUGCUAACCAUGCCAGCUGUACGCUAACAGCCAGUUUCCAACUACAGACUUAAGUAAAGAAGAAAGAGAAAGAGAAAAGAAGAGAAAAAACUGAACUACACCAAAGGACCGGUCUGUGCUCUGUUUGUAAAGGCGACUCGAACAGUAGCAUGUGUGUAGUUUAACACUUGUGAAGUCAUCUUUUUCUCUUCUGGUCAGGAGAAUUAAACAUUUUGAAAUUACAGCUGUUAACUAUGGUUGAUAAAGGGCCUGUGUUGACUUCAGCCAUCAUAUUCUACCUCUCCAUCGGGGCAGCAGUGUUUCAAGUUCUUGAGGAGCCGAAUUGGAAGAUUUCUGUAUCAAAUUACGCAACUCAAAAGGAAAAAAUACUUCAAGCCCACCCCUGUCUUACUAAAGAUGACCUGGACAAGAUUUUGGAGGUGGUGGCUAAUGCGGCUGGGCAGGGUGUCACCAUCACGGGCAACAAGACCUUCAACAGCUGGAACUGGCCCAAGGCUGUCGUCUUCGCUGCCACCAUCAUCACCACCAUAGGUUAUGGUAACAUUGCCCCCAAAACCAUCGCUGGCCGAGUCUUCUGCAUCUUCUACGGGCUGUUCGGAAUCCCACUGUGCCUCACCUGGAUCAGUGAGCUGGGCAAGUUCUUCAGAGGCAGAGCCAAGCACCUGGGCCAGUACCUGAUCAGGAAGGGCCUCACUGUGCGAAAAGCCCAGUUCACCUGCAAUGCCAUCUUUGUCCUGUGGGGGGUGCUGGUGCACCUGUUAAUCCCGCCCUUUGUAUUCAUGUAUCAGGAGGGCUGGUCCUACGUAGAGGGACUGUACUUCUCCUUUGUCACCUUGACAACCAUCGGGUUUGGGGACAUCGUGGCAGGUGUUAAUCCGAAUAUAGACUACCCUGCUCCAUACCGCUACUUCGUGGAGCUGUGGAUCUACAUGGGUCUGGCCUGGCUGUCGCUGUUUUUCACCUGGAAGGUGCACAUGGUGGUGAAGGCGCACAAGGCUCUGAAGAGGCGGAGGAGGCGGCACAAGUCCCUGGAUGAGCUGCAGAGUUCGGAGGAGCACAAAAGCGCCCUGCGCCGCUCCCACUCUGCCGACGACGUCAACAUCUUCAACUUCCUGUCUGAGGAGCAGGAGGACUACGGUGACCUGGUCCAGCAGAUCGGUGCUAAGAGGAAGAGGCCUGAGGGCGGGGCCGGGAGGGGGGCGGGGCGGUCGCACAGCUGCAGCGAGGGCGGAGUCAGCGGCGUGGUGCUGAGUCUGGAGCGCUCACCGCGCCGGAGACGCCGCUUCAGCGUCGGCGACUGCGUCUCCACCGUCCUCUCCAGGACCAGGAGCUACCUGAUGGGCGAGAGCGGGGUGAUCCUGGCCGACCUGAGCGAGGAUCUCCACCCGGAGGAGAACCAGCUGGACCGGGAGGCUGCAGGGGGGGCGGGCAGGCCCCGUGACUCCAGGAAGUGCCACGCCCGGGUCUUUCGCAGUGCCAACAUCAUCAUCAACGAGGAGAAUCUGCUGGACAUCAACAGCACUGAGACCAAGCUGACCGCGCCUGGCAGGACUGUGGAGUCAGAGGAUGACCUGGAGCAGGAGCAGCGCAGCUUGAGCUCGGACGGGUCGGUGUUUGCUGUGGACCGCUGCCACUCGUACCAGAGGCUGGUGGAGGACUGCUCCAAGAAGGGCACUGGAUCCUGAGGCCACGAAUCAUCGGUUCAAUUCAUGAUGAGCACAGAAGGCCGCAGCACCAUGGUGUGCAAAGACUUCACAUGCCAACAGGCAGGAGCAUCCUGGGGAGCUGAAUAAGUCAGAGAGACGUUAGCCAGCUGGACACAUCCUCCCCAGCUGUGCUCCCACCGAAUGAACAACAGCGGCUGCUCUAGUGUGGACCAGUUAGCAGCCAGAGGAUAAGAAGCAUAUUAGCAUAUAGUCUGAUGUCUUCCAGUGAGGAUGUAUAGAUAGGAAAGGAUGUCUUUUGCUCCGUUGUGAUUCAGUCCACAAGACUUUCACUUUGAACCGUAGGCUAAGCCCUGUCUAUCACUGUGACUAUGACAGUAGCAGACCGUUCUGGCAGGAAUUGGGGUCUGGGGGCCUCUGUGCAGCUGUGGGGGGCCGUCAGUGGAGGAGCACCUGUCCUGCGCCUCACUCUACUGCACCAUGCAGUCAUGCAAAUUGUAGUGCAAAAAAUAUAUGAGAGGAUUGCAUUCACUUUCCUCAAUGCUCCGACACGAGUGCAGGCAUCGUCACGGUGGGACGAACCUGCUGUUCCAAAAUAGGGCUGCAUUUCCUGCACGAGGGGAAAAAGCAUGAUCUGAUAUUACACACAUAUAACAGAAUACAGUCUCCCAUUGUAUUAGAUCAAAUGAAGUUAAAACUGUUAAACCAGUUAAAUAGGUUAAACCAGUGCUUGUUUGGAUUGUUUCAUUUCAAGAAUGUGUGUUCGAACACAUUGGUGCUAUUUUAGCAGCAGUGCAGUGAAGCUAGCCACAUCUCCUAUGCUGGACCUAUGCUUACAAAGACAAUUACUCCACUGACGCUAUGCAGACAUACAGUGAUACCCUCCUAGCUGAGGAGGUUAUGAAGGUUUUGCUGUAAUAAAGUGGCUGCAUUACAGAAAUGCAGUAAAGAGUUAUGUGUGUGCAGACUAGUGAUGGGGACACUGUGUUGUGGGAGAUGCCGUCUUUCAGAUGAGACGUUAAACCGAGGCCCUGACUCUCUCUGGUCAUUAAAGAAGUUAAAGGCUCCACGUCUGGCCAUCUAAUAACCCUCUGGGAUAACUGAGUGAAAUAACUCCCCCUCCAAAUGACCCCC